CCAGGGUUGGUGAUGGCCCUGGCGUACGAGGAAACGGGUUUCCUUUCAAUUUGAUGGACCUUUGUUUGCCCGAACAUGGUCAGCCACAAUCGUUGUGAGCAUCUGCGCAGGGCAAGAAGUAUGCAAAGGGGCGAUCUCAAAGAUUUGUAUCGAGGAAGAAACAAGGGGAAUGAUGGGAUAACUCACUGCGAGCUCUUCCCUAUAGGGCGGCCCCUGAACCUAGUCUACCAUGGCCCUAUUGCCCUAUCAUUCCGUGCUUCCUUUCCAGAAUUUUAUUAUGUGCCUGUGGUCAGCUUGAGCCUAUAGAUCACUACAUUUCUGCUCGUCUGUCACAGAUAAUCGAUCCCAACGCCCUUAACUUGAACUUUGCCAAUGGGAAAUAGGUUGGGAUGUUCCAUUCCACGAAGAUAACGCAACAUACCAACCCCAAGG